AUGGUCGUUACUAAUGAACAGGUUGUCAAUGUGAAGUUUAGAAAAGAAAAGAAAAGAAAAGACAAAGAGAUUCUCAGAACGACUCGCAUUGCAAUGUUCGAAAACGUGACACCGGAGAAGGCGAUUACGUUCGUCCGAUUUAGCGUAGGUUUGAUCUGUGCCUGGCCGCUCCCCGCGGUGGCUACGAAAGCUCAGGUUUUGUGUUUCAGAAUCACGAAAGUGUUGAAUAUUCUUAGCGCUCUUGGUCUAUUCUUUCCGGUAUUGUACGCAAUGGUUCUUCACCGCGACGAUGCGAUCGAAUUCACGAAGGCGGCGCUCAUGUUAAUAGCUUGUGCCCAACUUCUAACGCAGAUACUGAUUUGUAGCAGUCAGUAUGACCGUUUUCAGCGUUUGAUCGAGAAUAUUACAGCUUCCUUCAAGAGCGCGAAGUCCUAUGAAAGACGCGUGUUUCAACGAUAUGUUAAUACGUACGCCAAGUUUUACGGACUGGCAGCGUUGUGGUAUUACGUGUCGUCAGCGGUCGUCGUUUUCGGAAGUAUUUUAUUGCCUCAACCAUUUCCGACAGUCUCCGAGUAUCCGUUCCGCGUCGAUUACGAACCAGUGAGGACAAUAAUCUUCGUGCACCAAGCCUUUGUCGGCUUUCAAUGCUCCGCGGCAGUCUGCGUGAACAUGUUCGCAGCAGUGUUAAUGCUGUACGCUGCGGCGAGAUUCGAGAUUCUGAUGAUAGAUCUGAAAGAGGCUACCAGCUACGACGCGUUUGCCGUGUGCGUUCAAAAGUAUCACGCGGUGACCGGAUUCGCGAAGGAUGUCGUCAAGGGUACUAGGUAUAUAGCAUUGUUCACGGUAGUUUAUAGCGGUAUAGCUCUUGUACUCUGUGGUCUGAAUAUUAUAGGACGGCAAUCCUUCUUGGUAAAACUGCAGUUUUGUUUCUUGGCUUGGGUUUCAUUGGUGGAGGUUUUCAUGUGCGUGUUGCCGGCUGAUAAUUUGAUAAAUGUGAUUGUUUCUGUUACAGUGGAGUGGUAUAUGACCGUGUGUCCAACUGACGCCCUGAUAGACGUGGUACCGUUCUGGACAACCAGCUGCAGCGACUGA